UUUUUUCUUUUUAUAUUUUAAAGGCAAUCCGGUUUCAAUUUUGUUCGUAAAUGCCCCGUUUCCUCAGUCGAGCCGGAACUCACAUUGACGACCUGGAACGCCAGCUCGCGCGCGUCGGCUCUGCAGGCAACGACGACGGGUCGGACAACCAAGACGAGGAAGAGGAGUACAGUGACUCGCACAGCACAUCGCAGGCAGUCGAGACCUCAACCCUGCUAUUGCCUAAAAGGUCCAUAGAUGAGCCGGCCAGCUACAACAGCAUCAGCAGCGUCAGUGUGCGGCCAAGGAGGCGGCGAUUCAGACGGCGUGUGUCGGCAGAUGCACCACGGAAGCUCGGCACGUGGGACGGGGUGUUCAUGCCAGUGAUGCUGAGCAUCUGGGGCAUCCUGGUUUUUGUGCGCAUGGGGUACUUUAUCAGCCAGGUCGGCAUAGUCGGCACUGUAGGCGCCUUUGUCGGCGGCUACACAAUCACUACCAUGACAACACUGUCGAUUUCAGCCAUCUCUACCAAUGGCACGGUCAAGGGCGGCGGGCCAUACUACAUGCUGUCGCGGUCCCUGGGCCCCGAGUUUGGCGGAAGCAUUGGGCUGAUGUUUUACGCAGGCACGCUGCUGGCGGGCGUGCUCAACGACGUUGCCUUUGUGGAGCCAUUGCUGAACAACUUUGGGCAGAAUAUCGGCGACGUCGCGCAGGUGUUUCCGGAAGGCAGGUGGUGGUGCAUCCUGUACAACUCUAUCCUACUGAUCUUCUGCACGAUCGUGUGCUUGACAGGCGCACAGAUGUUUGCCAAGGCCUCGACGGCCCUGUCGACUCUGAUCAUUGCUGCUACGAUGUCGAUGUUUGUGUCGUUUUGCGUACAGACUCCGUUUGAGCACGAGGAGAAACACAUUCGGUAUACAAGCUGGAGCAUGGCGACGUUCAAGGAAAACCUAUGGCCAGACCUUGCGCCAAUCGCUGAGGGCAAGUCCGGCAGAGACACUGGGCACAGUCCCGGAAAGUCGAUCCCCAAAGGCACGCUGUGGGCCGUCAUCAUCACGUUCUUUUUGUACAUUGGCGUGGUGAUGAUGCUGGGAGCCACCACGCAUCGCAGCACGUUGCGCCAGAACUUCAACGUGCUGCAGGAAAUCAACGUUGUGCCCCUGCUGAUACCCAUCGGUGCAAUCACCACCAGCGUCACCAGCACUCUGAGCGGGCUGCUGAGUUCUGCCAGCAUCAUGCAGGCAAUCGCCAAGGACGACCUGUUUGCGUUCCUGCGGCCUUUCAAGCGUGUUGACCGUAGCGACAACCCUGUCAAUGCCAUCAUACUGACAUACGUGAUCUCACAGCUCGCGCUGCUUGCCGGCGACAUCAAUGCGGUCGCCCCCUACACGACCAUGUUCAACCUGAUCAUGUUUGGUUUUGUCAAUCUGGCGUGCUUGGUUCUGAAGCUGGCUGCAUCGGUGAACUUUAGGCCGACAUUCCAUUACUUCAAGGCAUGGACGGCAUUCCUCGGCGCAUCUGGGUGCUUUGCGGUCAUGAUUUUUGUCGACGCAAUCUCAGCGCUGGUAUCGACAGGCGUGGUUAUCUUGCUGUUCCUGUAUGUGCACUUUACAUGUCCGCCCAAGCCCUGGGGCGAUGUUACGCAGAGUCUCAUCUACCACCAGUGCCGCAAGUUCAUGCUCCGCCUGGAUGUCCGCAAAGACCACGUCAAGUUCUGGCGCCCCCAGAUCCUGCUGCUGGUACACAACCCGCGCAGCUCCUUCCAUCUGAUCCGGUUCUGCAACGCGUUGAAGAAGGGCGGACUGUACGUCAUUGGCCAUGUCAUCAAGGGGGAUUUCUACGAGUCGCUGCCGGAAAUGCGUCAGCAGGAGGCUGCCUGGAUGCGCUUGAUCGAUUUUGCUCAAGUCAAGGCGUUUCUGAAUCUGGCAGUGGAUACCGACGAAGGCGCUGGUGCCCGCAACAGGCAGUCGGACACUGGCACGAUCGAUGAUGUGCUGCUGCCGACUGAUGGUAUCAAGCUCAACACGCCAAUCGAGCCGCAGGCGUAUCUGCGGAUCAUCGAGGAUGUGCUGCUAAUGGGCAAGGCCAUCGGAAUUGCAUAUGGCUUCUCCAAGCUCGGCCUGACUAUGCCCGAUGCACACUCGCUGGUCUCUCCGCAGUCCUGGUGGUUUGGCCCGCGCAAGCAUGCCCGCACGUCGUCCCACAAAACCAGAUAUAUUGACUUGUGGCCGAUCCAGAUCGGCACCGCCACAGCGCUCGGCACCGUGCUGCACCUGGUGCCGUAUUGGAACCGGAAUUACAAGCUGCGCGUCAUGUGCUUUGUCGAGGACGAAGCCGAUGUCGAGGAGGAAACGAGGCGGGUGGCAAAGCUGCUUAGGGACUUGCGUGUUGAGGCCGAGCUGCGUGUGCAUUUCCUGAGGAAUGCAGGAAUCAUAUCGUACGAUUCGGCGGUGCUAGAGUCACCGAUGGUGGCACGCGAUGCGUCUGCGUCCAGUGUGCCGCCGAAUGCGCGAAUGGCACAGUCUGAGAGGCCAGUACAAGGCGUGACGUUUGCAUCGCCAGUGCAGCCGCCACAAGAGCAUGUAGCAGAGUCACCACAGCUCGGCUUCAGCAUGCGUGUCAACCUGCCGAUGCCCAUGCGGUACGAGUCUGGCCGUUUGGGGGCCGACAGCUCGAGCAGCGAGUCGGAUUCAGACUUUUUGUCGGACUGCGAACCCGCCACUGGCUUGCGCACACCCCUGCAAACCGACGAUGACGAUGGGCCCGCGCGUGCGCUGGCACGCUAUGCGACCAUCUCAGAAGGCGACAGACGAUCGCCCGCCAGUGUCAGUCGCCGUCAGCAGCUGCUUAGCCUGGGCCUACGCGUAGAAUCAGGGGCGGAUGGCCAGGCGGACAGGCAGCCUGGUGUGGAUGCGCCGCCAGUCAAUAUCCCGACCGCAGACCACAACGUACAGCUGCAGGCGCGCCGCCGGUCUGACGGCUCAGCUGUGCUGACAGAUUUCUACACCCGCGCACUAGCGGCGCUGAACUCCAACCCGCAUCAGCAGCCGCCAGUUGCACCUGUUUCGACGUCGCCGACUCUGCCGCCGCACCCAGCGCAGCAGCAGCAGACAGAGUUCAACGAUAUGCCGACGCUGACGCAAAACCGAAUCCUAAAUGAGCUGAUUCGCCGCGAAAGCAAGCCGUCAACCGCACUGAUCUUCACGACCUUGCAGGCACCAGAAUUAGGCGCAUCGCAGAACGCACAAAAGACCAUGGAUUAUUUGACUGAAAUCGACACGCUGGCACACGACUUGCCGCCGGUCUUUUUGGUCCACGCGACAUCCCUGACUGUCACCACAUCGCUCUAAAACCAGUGUUGAUCUGUAGUGUUGGGAAUGAAAUGAAAUAUAUUAGCUUGAAGAAUAAACGACAGACGUAUAAAA